GGAAGGAAGGAAGGAAGGAGGAAAAGGAGGUCGAGAGAGAAAGCUGGGGGCGUUCAGUGGGAGUUUGCAAACGAACGUGACUCUUAAAUGAAGUCCAAAUGGUACCAAUGGAAGAGAAUAUUUGUAGCUCAGGGGUGAACUCUGGGGUCCUUGCUACUGUCUGAGCAUGGUUGUUUUCUUGCAGGCGUUUCAUUGCAAAGUAAUGUCUGUCUGCAAGAAAACAAGCAAGCUGAGAGAAAACCAAGGACUCCACAGAAGUCCAAAUGCUUGGAUCCGUGUUCAGCUUCAAAAAGCAGGCGCCCCAUUGACCCACCUUGCGUUCUAAGCCGGGACCUUGUCUCUGUCCUUACGAAAAUGCUGUAUUGCUUUCCUAAGGAUACCCGAGUGCAUCGGAAAAAGGAAGCUCAAAGCAUCCGUUUGGUUCUCUGUUCUGGCUUCCUCCGCUGCUUUUAGUCCGCGAAGGUGGUUUUUUGAGAAGAAUUCUCGAUCUGGCGAAGGGAAAUUUCCUUAGGAAAUGGUCUGAGCAUUACUAACUUCCAGGGAUGUAUUGCGAAGACUUUGCCCACGAGUUACCCAUGAGUUUUUCUUUGUUUAUAUGCUGAUGUACCUCACACGUUUCUAAACUCAUACCUUUCGAUCUGGUGGCUCGAGCAUGUUUUCUUCCCCUUAUACAUUACUGGCUGAAAUGUCUGUCAGUUUGGUAUCCGGACACCUUGCUGCCCAUAACAUAAUUUGGAUUUGUAAUUAUACUUUGAGGGGUGAAGAGGGAAAAGGUGUUUUCAAGAAACACCCAGACGUUGCCUCCUUCGGCAGCGUCUCCAAGCCCGUUUUAUUCUGUACAUAAAUUCUGCGCCAGCCGAGGCCAAUGGUUUCCACAUUGUUACACCAAUUAGGAUAGGUACGUUUCUCAGCCUUACGCGUGACUGGCUGGUUGUGCGUGCUUGUGCAUAGACACAUAGGCACGCAGGCAAGGGCAUCCACCUAUAAACGUGUGCCUUCACCAUAAUAGAGGGCUUUGACGUUUGAAAUUAAAAGGAAUAGGGCUGUAAACACGCCGGCUUCUAGCAAAUCUCCGAAAGGAGAGGCCUAUGUACCGUACAAGGAAAAUGCUCCACCUCGCCUUUCUCCGCCUUUCGGGAGGCAAACGUGCGGGACAGCAGCGUCCGGCUUGUUUAAUUGACGCAAGACACUGGAUUAGCACGGAUCUCGUCCCUCAUUCAAGCAAACCCAGGUCUAGCCUUUCUGAAAAAGAAAAAAGCCGCGCGCGGGCGCGCUUGCAAAAAAAAAGAGCGAGAGAGAUGAAAAAGGAGUUGAAUUACUGAAAGACGGGCGAGACCAUUGUUCCUCUAGUCUAGUGCUAAAACCUACAGCCGGAAACUUGGCCUCCACCAGUCCGUAAUAAAGGCAGUAAAAUACGGGUGAAAGUCCUCGAUUUAAUUGGAUGGUGGGGGGGGGAGCGACUAGAGAUGGCCGGGGGCUCCCAACUAGUAAAAAAAAGCAUUUCUUCCUGGAAGUUGGCGGGGCGCCGCCAUCCCAUCCCACCCCACCCCUCUUUUCGACUGCCGUCUUCCAGCGGGCUGGGGCGUAGCAAGGCCGAGGCCGCUCCAUUCACUAGGUGCACUCAUUCGUUUUUAUUCUCUUCCCCAACUCCUGGAAGUUAUACUGCCGCUUCUUUGAAGUCCUUGCAGUUCAGACCUCUGGGAAGGGCUGGCAUUCAGCUUGAUGUUAGCCCUGAAAGCGGAAAGUGGAGACAGGGAGAGAGGGAGAGAGAGAACGAGAGAGAGAGAGAGAGAGGAAGAAAGGAGUGAGGGAGAGACGGAGAGAGAGAGCGAGGCUCCGUGCCACCAGUCCGUUUUACUAGACGACGGAACGCAUUAAUCUGUAAUCAAAUGCAUCUCAUAAAAAAUUUAUUGAAAAGCAUAAAAUCAUCGCGGAGAGAGAAGGGCUCGACUUCCACCUGUUUUCAAACAAGACAAGGGGCAACCCUGCCUUCUCCCCCCUCUCUCUCUCUCUCUAGCCCCCCCCCCGUCUUUUCCACUCGUUCAAGGCUCCUUUUCACUCGGGCUCUUCUGCGCAGCGGCGCUUCUUGUCUGUUGCUCGGUUUGGGAAGCGAUCCCGAGUCUCGCUCCGGCAAACGAGCCCCGCACUGCGCAGUUGCACGAGCUGCUCGCUCUCGGCGUUUGCUUUCUGGGAGGGCCGGGAUCGCGCUGGGAGCCUCUCCUGCGCUCCCCGGCGUCUCCCCUUCUCUCGACACCCCCUCCCCAACCUCUGCCCAGCCUUCCCUCCUCCUCCUCCUCGCUGUCUUUCAGGGGCUUCUGCCAGCGAGAGGGACGAGCUCAGCUCGGUCAGCGCUUUCCACUCGUUGGGUAUGCGCGGGAACGAAUGGCGAAAUCCGGACCGAGAAGGCGAAGAAAUAGUCCGCCAACUUGCGCUUGGCUCCUCUGCGGGAGGGCCACGCCCUCCGGGCGUCUGGCUGAGGCAGGAGGGCCGUGGAAGGAUUCGGCUCCUCUUCUCUCGUUCUCUUUCCCCUUCUCUCCCCCCCCCAUUCCCCCUCCCCGGCGCACAAUGUCAGGGCCGCGGCUGGCCUUCGUUUUCUCAAGUGCAGUUUGAGGGGGGGUGCUCUUCAUGUGUUGCAGAUGAGUUGGGGCGGGGGAAGGAGAUAUAUAUAUAGAUAUAUAUAAUUUUUUUUUAAUCACACCAGCAAACGUUUUCCGAACGCCAAUGGAGCGGAUUGAUUUACUUCGAGUAUUGGUAAAUAUGAUCACGUGGGCGGAGGGACCAAUAGUUUGAGGCGGAGAAGGUUGCAAAAAUCCCAGGGUUGCUUCCCGGACCGGGCGAAAAAAUCUCCAGUUUACAGUGUUAACCUUUUUUAUUUUUUUCCCUCAACUUCUCUCCCUCCCCCCCUCCGCCCCAUGCCGUGCCACGGAGGGAAUCUCCCCAACAUGUCGUCGGGCGGCACCCUCGGUAACUACUACGUGGACUCGCUCCUAGGCCCUGACACCGAGGAAGCGUACGGCGGAAGAGCGGGCGGUGGCCCCGCGGGCGGCGGCCCCGGCCGGUUCCUACCAGGGGGUCACCCCCUCGCCGCCCCGCGCCUGCCCCCCUCAGGUGCGGUAACCGAAGGGUCGGAGUUUGCCCCGUGCAGCUUUACGCCCAAGCCGCCCGUCUUCUCCUCCUGGCCCGCCGUGCCCGCCCGCUCUCCUCCGGCUCAGCCCUCCACCCCGCUGCCGGGCAUCUACCCUCCGUACGUGGCCCCGCCACCCCUUGGAGGGCCGGGCGAGGGGGCCAGGUACGUCCGUUCCUGGCUCGACCCCUACGCUGCCUUUCGCGGCAGCCACGCCGCCGUCUCCGACCGAGACUCCGUCGCUGGACACCUCUACGGGAUCGGCAAGCCGGAGCCCGCCGCUGCCACCACCUCCGCUUCGCUUGACCCCCGAGCCUUCGCUUCUACCGUCAGCGGCCCCCCUGCCUCCGCGUCCGCUUCUCCGGCCCCACGGACCGAGAGCUCCUCGCCCGCCGGCCGUUCCCGUGGGCCCGACUACGCCUGCGGCUCCUUUCUGGCAGCAGCCGGCGAACAGGAGGCGGCGGCGGCUGCCGGGCUGGGUCCACCCGCCCUCGCCGCCACCGGCAGCAACGCCAGCCUCAGCCCGGCCAAGCCAGCCUCUGGAGGCAGCCGUAACCCCAGCCCGCUCAGCGACCUGAAGGAGGAAAAACAGGAGCAGCAGCUCGGCCCAAAUAACCCCGCUGCAAACUGGAUUCAUGCUCGCUCCACCAGGAAAAAGCGUUGUCCUUACACAAAAUUCCAAACUCUGGAACUGGAAAAGGAAUUCCUCUUUAAUAUGUACCUCACCCGAGAACGCCGCUAUGAAGUUGCUAGGAUUUUAAACCUCACAGAGAGACAGGUUAAAAUCUGGUUUCAGAACCGAAGAAUGAAAAUGAAAAAAACGAAUAAAGGAAAAAGAGAAUAAAGGGGACUAACACUAUGGGUGUAUUUCUGUGAAAAUAUGGUAGCAUUUUUUUAUGAUACACACCCAGAUACACACGUACACACAAAUGCACAUGUGUACAGAGAAUUGCAGCAAUUAAUUAUUCUUAAAGUUUUUUCCCCAGGUGCAUUAAUUCAAACUUUAGAUCAGAGGAUUUUUUAAAAAUGAAAGAUAUGUGACCCUUGAUACUUUAGAAUGAAAAGGGAUGAGCGGGAAAGCAUUCUGGGGCAGAGAAGACUUUCUUGAAAAGCUGUUUUUUCUCCCACCUUUCACUUGGUUUUGAUAUAUAGUGAGUGCAUAUUAUUUGGGGGGAGUUUAUUGUUUGAAGUGCUUUGCAAAAGUGACUUAGAAAACCUCACCCCCCCCCCCUUUCCAGUGUCUUGCCCAGAGUUAUAGCAAAGUUAAGGAGUUUCACGAUAAUCCUGAAUUUUAAAGCAAGCUGUUUUAAUGCAUUAGCACGCAAAGCCUGCACUUCCUCAAAGACAGUUUGACUGUUCCCCCAUCUCUCUGGGUUCUGCAUACUUAGUUUUCCAAGACUCACGUCAGAAAGAAGGAUGAGAAUGGGGAUUAUUAUGUAUGGCUAACCCACAGUUAGAUUCACAGUCUAGGACUGGUGGAAAUUUAAUAAUUCAAGUCUUAACCAAGAACCUAAAAAUUAUUAAGACUUAUUAAGGCAGUCUCUAAGAAUAUAGGCAAUUCUAAGCAGAGUAGUUUUUUUUUUCUAAAAUUAAGGGGGAUUAUUAUUAUUAUGGUUACAUACCCAGAUGUUUUAAAAAAAGUGAAAUCAUAGUUGCCAGUUAUGAGAUUGGCCUUCAUUCUCAUGGCGUUCUUCCCAACCUAGGAUGUCAUAUUGUAAUCAUAAUCCGUAUAGUAUAUUUGUGGAUCCAAGCAGUGGCCUUUUAUAGUUGACAGAUGGAAAUUUUGUCACUGAGAAGUUUUCUAAAUGCCAUCCAAGAUGUUUUGGUAUGGCAUCCAGAGUGCCAAUAUUAUUAUUAAUAUAUUAUUAUUUAAGCACAGCUUCCUUUCUUCAAUGCAGUGUAUUAAGAGUGGUACUUGAAACUUUAUUAAUGUUUGUAGGCCUAAAACACUUUGGUUCACAGUCUGUAUUUUUGUUUUAUUUGUGAUUCUAUUUAAGAAUGAAUUAUUAUUAUCUGUUCACAACAAUGUGAAGCACAACUGCCAGUUCUGUAGUUGGUGUUGGUGUUAACCUAAGAUGUCAUAAUAUAUUGGCAUAGUAUAUAUGUGACUCAAAGCAAUGUGGCCUUUUACAAUUGAUAGAUGGGUAUGUUGUCAAUGCACAUAUUUUCUAAGUGUCAUCCAAGAUUUUUGGAUAUGGCACCUGGUAUGCUGAUAACCACUGGGACAACUAUGGCUGGUUUAUGCCAUAAUCUUUCAAUUUUGAUCUUCAGAUCCUGAUAUCUUGUGAUUAAAAAACCUCCAAUUCGUUAUCUUCUAUUAUUAUUUGCUUCUUGUUCCCUGUUUUUUGUUUGUUUGUUUAUUUGCUUGCAUAUCUCCUAGGUUCUGGAAUAAAAUUUGGGCUCAUGAAAACAAAAUCUUCAGCUUUUGAAGGGAAAGCAAAUGGGAAGACAGAUCUCAGUGUGACAUAAGUGCCUUUGGCUGCUUGCUAUGAGGUCACAGCUUGCCCAUUUCUGUCUCCAAAACUGUCUGCAAAUCCACGGUUUCUACCAGAUCACGCUUAAUCUAAAAUACAGUGACUCCAUUCUUCAAAAAUCUUUUCAGUGACUGAAGGAUCUUCUUCCACUCCCAACUGGCUACCAACCUAGGGAACAACAGUAUUAUUCUUGAUGGCAUCCUACAAACAUAUUACUUGUUCAGAAAAUAAAAAAGUACAAAAGUUUUUGGAA